AUGCCCGCCCUUACACUUGGUGCCGUGACCCGUCGGAUCUCCGAUCAGCGUCAACUGGUCACCCGGGGUACUGCUGCUGCACACGCUUCGCCUUCUCCCCUCUUCCACGGUGCUGGCGAAGAGCUACGCUCGCUAGCUGCGGUCCUGACUCGCUGCUCUCCAGAUCUUCGAUGGUGGCGGCGAGGAGCUACGCUCACACGCUGCGGACCUGGCUUCUUCGCGCCCAGCUUUUGGCGCAUGCGCAUCAGGGUCACGAAGGACCCUAUGUCGAAGUAUAAGAGGUUUCAGUUUGUUGUACCUGAUUCACUGAAGGCGGAAGUCUUGUCAGGUAUUCAUGAUCACGCUGGUCAUCAGGGUCAGCCCUGCACGCUCUCACUGGCUCGCCAGCGCUUUUUCUGGCAUGACAUGGAGAAAGAUGUGCGCAACCAUCUGCGGUGUUGUCAGAGGUCCAGCACAGCUUUAGUCAGGACACGACCAGACAGACAGACCUCGGCACUUGGUGUGGACACGCUGGGGUCUGCGGUGUCGGAGGAGACGCUGGGGCCAGCGGUAAUUUAAGCCAACAAAGCCAGAGAUCAUUACAGAACACUAACCGGGGCCAAAGAUCCUCCUCUGCCAGUGGUACGUAAGUUUGUCCACCCGCUGAAGCAAAGUCCUCUAGAUCUGCAGGAGGAGCAGGAAGUGACAUGCCUUAGGGAGGAAGUAGUCACCAAGAUUUGCUCCAGUCAGCAGAUGGCGAAAGACCUGAACCUGAUGGACAUUAAGAUUGGACUCCUGGUAAAAAACAGGAUCACACUUCAGGAUGUCGUCUUCCAUAGUAAGAAAAUGAAGAACAAGAAAAGUAAAACAAGUAAAGAUGGUCAAACUGCUGCCGAGUGACUGGGCAUCAAGGGUCCAAGUCGAGGACAAAGAAGGAAACUGGAGGCCUACCAACAUCUCUUUUACCUUCUACAGACAAACCCGUCAUAUCUCGCCAAGCUGAUCUUUCAGAUGCCUCAAAACAAGUCAACCAAGUUUAUGGACACCGUUAUCUUCACUUUGUACAACUACGCCUCCAACCAGAGGAAGGAAUAUCGACUCCUCAAACUAUUCAAGACUUCUUUGGAGGAGGAAAUCAAUUCUAAGGUAGACCAGAUCCAAGACAUAGUAACAGGAAACCCAACUGUCAUCAAGAUGGUGGCAAGCUUCAACAGAGGUGCACGGGGCCACAACACCCUCAGGCAGCUCCUGGCACCUGUGGUGAAGGACAUCAUCGAGGACAAGGGCUUAGGCAUCAACACCAACCCUGUAGAUGUGUACAAGGCCUGGGUGAACCAGCUGGAGACAGCCACUGGAGAAGCCAGCAAGCUGCCUUACGAAGUGACACCCCAACAGGCCGUGUCACAUGAGGAAGUAUGUAACAGGCUAGAGACGUCUGGUCUGGCUCUGUGUUCUGCUACAGAUAAAGUCCUAAACUCCAUUGUUUCCUUGCUGGAUAAAAUCCCUUAUGGCAUGAGGUACAUAGCAAAGGUUCUGAAGAACAGCCUAAAUGAAAAGUUUCCAGAUGCUUCAGAAGACGAGCUGUUAAAGGUAUCAGCGCUCAUGAUUUUGUUUUUAUUGUUAUUUAACUUUCAUUUUACCAGGGAAUAUCCCAUUGGGACAUUAAAUGCGUCUUUGAAACCUGCUGUCGAUGAAAAUAAAUAAAUGAUGGCUGCAUUUGUGCGGGUUGUAACAUUCUCUCAUCAGCUCUCAGGUCAAUUAUUUGCCUCUCUUUCACUAAACCACAUAAUCUUUUCUUCUAGGGUAUUUUUUCAGUUAUCCUGUGAUGUUCCUGAACCAGAGGAGAAGUUUAAUAUUGAUGAAUGCUCAGACAUGGUCACCUUAAGCAAACCCAUCAUCUGCAUCUCAGUAGAGGAGGUCAGCAAUACUCACUUGUUGUUGUUGGAACAUCUGGAGGCCAUCUCUCCAGACCAUGACCUGCUUCAUGAGCUGCUGCAGGACUUAGGAGAUGUACCUGAUGUUGAGUCUCUACUUGGUAACAUCUGA